AGACAAUAGUAACUCUAGAGUUAAUCUUUGAGUAUUUUCUAAAAUUUAGUAGAUAGGUAGUUAUACAUUAUAGAUAGUGGAUUCAUUAAGUUCUUGAAAAUGAUUGAGAGUGCAUUAUUCAAGUGGUAAUGAGUAUAAUUCAAUUUUAUUAAGGGUACCAUUUUCAUUAAGCUUUUGUUCAUAUUAUGUAUAGAUAAAAUCUAUUAACUUUUUAGUUCCGUUGAUGAUUGGAUCCUCUACUUAGAAUGCUAUCAUGUAAUCAUUAUAAUUGAGUGUAGUCAAAGGAGGAUCAAUGUUUAAUAUCUUAUUGGAUGAGAUCUCAAUAGAUUAUUAAAUAAAGAUACAGUGAAUGUUUAUAUUUAAUUACAUUUAUUGCUCCUGAUAUGAAAACUAUCCCUAAAACAACUACCAUUAAAAUUGUGCAAAAACCACCGAAUGGAGAUUGAUGAGUUUCUUUUUUUUGGAAAUUUAACUUCACCUCUGCUCCAAAUGAAUCGAAA